AUGGCGCGCUCUUCUCUCGCUUUGCUGCUGCUCCUGCUUGUCGCCCCAUCCGCCGUGUUCGCGCGUAAGCGCGUGGCACAGUCCGGCUGCGUCAAGUCCACGCUCGCGGGUUACACGUCAGCAGUCGACUUGAACGGAAAUGGGCUCAUGUUUCACUGGAAGGUCUCGGGAUCGACUCUCAGCGCCGCCGUUGUAGCCCCGUCCAACAAGGGCUCCGUCUCCGUUGGAUUUUCUAAGGGCGGCAAGAUGUUCCCUUCAGACGUCGUCACUGGCUAUAGCGGAGGCUCCGUUGCAUCGUACAAGCUCACGAGCUAUUCAGGAGGUUCCACUAGCAGCAAAAUCAAAGGCAGCAGCGCUAAAUCUUCCUCUUUCGGCACUACUUUCAAGUUCACUCGCUCAGGGAAUGACGGAUCUGUUUCCAUCAACUACUCUGGUUCCAACAGCAUCAUCUGGGCGUACGGCGGAAGCACCAAGAAGCUGUCUGACCAUGGCAAAAAUCGUGGCUCCAAGUCCGUGGACUUGUCUUGCGUUGGCUAA